AUGGGGAAUGCGGUUGGGACUGGGGGAGGGGGUAUUGCUACAGGAGUGGGGGGGAAGGGGAAUGCGGUUGGGAAGGAUGAGAAGAGGUUAAGCAUUGAGGGAUUGUGGCAGGGGUGGGACGGCGAGGGGAAGGGCGGUGGAGAGAGGAAUGGGGGCGGAGAGGGGAAGGGGGGCGCAGAGGGGAAGGGGGGCGCAGAGGGGAAGGGGGGCGCAGAGGGGAAGGGGGGUGGAGAAGGGAAGGGGGGCGCAGAGGGGAAGGGGGACGGAGUGCACGAGAGGGUGGAUAGUCCGAGGGAGGAUGUGAAGAGGAGGGAGGUGCGGUGGAAGGGGAGGGGUGUGGGCGUGGGGGGAAUGAGCGCUGGGAGUAGGGCGAGGGGCGGUGAGGGGAGUGAUGGGAGGAGUGUGGGUGUGAACUUGUACGAACGGGCAACGGCUGCUGACUUUGUCAACAGGAAGCAGAUCGGCUCUGGACGGAACGCAGUGGUGUAUGCAGCCUCGUGUGCUAUAACGGGUCGCAAGGUGGCUGUUAAGGCGUAUGUCAAGUCUGCUCUAAGCGCGCUGGACCGACACAGGAUCAACCGAGAAGUGGCGCUACUGAUGACUCUUGACCCCAAAACCCCUCUCCACAUCCCUCUACCGUUGCCCACUCCCCUCCAUUCCCUCCCUAGCAGUCACGAGCACAUCAUUCAGUGGUUAGGUCAUUUUGAAGACCCCCAGUGUGUGUACAUAGUGCAGGAGUGGGCGUCAGGGGGGGACCUGUUUGAGGAGCUGAGGGCGAGCGGGGGGCACAUGGGGGAGGCGCGCAUAGCCAAGCACAUCCUGCUGCCGCUGCUGGCCGCUCUGCACCACAUGCACACUCGAGGGGUGGUUCACCGGGAUUUAAAGCCGGAGAACCUUCUUCUCACCUUCCAUGGUACCCUCAAGGCCGACAGUCGGGCACUUGGGGGAGGCACGCAUAGCCAAGCACAUCCUGCUGCCGCUGCUGGCCGCUCUGCACCACAUGCACACUCGAGGGGUGGUUCACCGGGAUUUAAAGCCGGAGAACCUUCUUCUCACCUUCCAUGGUACCCUCAAGGUAGGCCGACAGUCGGGCACUUGGGGGAGGCACGCAUAGCCAAGCACAUCCUGCUGCCGCUGCUGGCCGCUCUGCACCACAUGCACACUCGAGGGGUGGUUCACCGGGAUUUAAAGCCGGAGAACCUUCUUCUCACCUUCCAUGGUACCCUCAAGGUGUGCGACUUCGGCCUGGCAAUCAAUAUGAAGGAGGAACGGCCAGCCAGCCGCCUGGGCACGCUGCAGUACAUGGCGCCCGAGGUGGUGCGCAUGGCACGGGGGCAGCGCGGGCGGGCCGGGCAUGGGGGGAGGGGAAAAGGGGACGAGAAACCAAGAGGGGCGGCAGCAGGACAGGGGCAGGUUGUUGGUGGCGCUGGUGGCGUUAAUGGUGGUGGGGAGGAUAAGAUUGGUGCUGCUACGAUUCUAGAAGGGGCGUAUGAUGAGAAGGUGGAUAUUUGGGCAUGUGGAGUGCUGGUGUACGAGCUGGUGAUGGGGCAUCCGCCCUUUGAGGGGUCAUCCGACACCCACACAGCCACCAACAUCAUGCACCGAGAGCUCGUUCCCGAUGCGCUGCCAAAUGCCAUGUCACCUGCAUGCAAGGACUUCAUCUGCAAGGUGCUGUGCAAGAAUCCCUCCGAUCGCCCUUCGUUGCUUCAGAUGCUGGACCAUCCCUUUGUGUCGGGGCACUGCCGGGGGCGGCCUCUUUUCAAGGAGGUAAGGCAGGCGAUCUUGGAGGAGAGGUGGCGGCAGGAGAGGGAGAGGGAGAUGGGGGAGGAGAGGCGGAGAAGGGUGGAGGCGCAGAGAGAGGAGGAGAGGAGGAGGGAGUGGUGGGAGGAGCAGCGGCGGGUGAUGGUGCAGCGGAAGAAAAAAGGGGAGGGAGAGGAGAUGGGCAGUAAGUCGUUUCGGAGGGAGAAAGAUGAUGGCCUCCAUCGCCUCUCCCUUUGCAUCUACACCCACAUCCUCGUUACUGUCACCUGCAUCAGGAUCACCACCAGCAUCGCCCCCUCUUCCACUCAUUACCUUCCUGCCUAG